AUGCAGCGCUUUAAAUACGAGCUUGCCGAAGGUGAAAACAUGUACUGCCCGGUAUACGGUUGUAAUAGUGACUUAAAAAAAAAACCGAGUUGGACAAAUUUCUUUCGGUUUCCAAGUGGAAUAUCCGUAUCCCAGCAAAAUCGACGAAAGGCAUGGGUUGAAUUCUGCAAACGCAAAGCUUUUAAUCCAUUGUCAAACAGUAGAAUUUGCUCACUUCAUUUUGCCGAAGAUGCGUACGAACCAGGACAUUCGCCACGGUUUCUGGCGCGAGUUGGGUGUGACGAAACGUUUCGAAUGCGAUUGAAGAGUGAUGCCUUGCCAACGUUGAAUAAACCAUUGCUUGAUACGAGCACAAGUAAAAGGAGGAUUCAUACCGAGAAAAGGCAAAGAAUAAAGGUAAUUCUCGAUCCAAAAUUAGUGCUAUAGUCAGUCACAUGCUGCAGAUAUUUAUUAGCGUGUAUUAUAAAUAUUAACCUACGUUUCUAGGGACUCACUGAACUUCUAAAUCCCAGCGAAUCACCAAAGAAAGACUGCCCAAGAGAAGAAUCCGAAUGCGCGCGAACGACUGAACAAUUAGAGUCAUUUAUAGAUGAAAUGCCAAACCUAUCAAAUGAACUAUGCUCGGAACCAAGUACAUCGACCGAAAUGUUUUCUUCUAACACCAGGGAAAGGUCGACACAAACAACCAAGAAACGAGGGACAAGAUCAGUAAGAACACAGACUCAAAGUCUAAAGGCAUCAACAUCAUCGUAUUUUGAAACAAAGUCCGCGGUGGGAUAUCCGUCUACCUCAAAAGUCCAACCGGUAGAUCCUCACGAAUACCAUGGGCAUGGUCGUGUCGACACGGCAGAGCCAACAUGUGAACCUUCAAAAACAGAAGUUGACGUGGAAAGCAUUUGCAGCUGUUCAAGCGAGGAGUCCGUAACUCAAGAUGACUUCGAGGAGUCAACCACUGCAAGCGACGAAAGCAGUGAGGACGAUGAACCAGAUAAACGAACAGUUCUAAGAGUGGGGAAACCCCCACAAGACCAGAUCAAAUUAAUUAUUUUUGAACAAGCUAUUCUUGAUGUUUUUGGUAAAUGCGGUCAGUGUGGUUCUGAUUGUGUUGUGUCAAUUGAAAACCAAAUUGGGUCAUCAUGCAAAAUUUGCUCCUCGUGCACGGCUCAAAACGAACAUUAUUUUGAAUGGACAACUGGCCCUUCUUUGUUCAAAAUGCCUGCAUUUCAUCUACUGUUAGCAUCUGGUAUUCUCGCGACAGGAAUGGAAUCAGCAAAAGUUCUGCGACUAUUUAAUGUGUUAAAUAUACCAAAUGUUAAGAGACGACAAUUGUCCAAGAUCUUGAAGAAUUAUGUUGUUCCCGCAGUUUACAAAGUUUGGCAAGUGGACCAAUCUGUGAGACUAAGAGAGAUUGAGGAUGAACCCAUUAUAAUCGCGUCGGAUAUGCGUGUUGAUAGUCCUGGUCAUAGUGGUCUAUUUGGCUCGGGAAGCACACUGGAAAUGAAAAAGAAUGUUAUAUUGGAUACCCAAGUAAUAAAGGUAAGAAAUAUAUAGAACAUGCAAAUUUAUAAUGAAAUAAAUACUAUAUUAUGAUAAAAAGACAUUUUAUUCAAAUGAUUCAGUAUGCUCUGCGUACGCAAACAACCUAAAUUGUUGAUCUCAGUUGAUUUCUACCAGGUUAGACACUAUACAUCUAAAACUGGGUUUUGUCUCUAUAAGCAUAAUGACUAUAGCAAUUUCUUAACUCCUUUUUUACAGUCAACAGAGGUAAAAAAUUCUAAUGCCAUGGAGCUUGAAUCUCUAAAGAGGCAACUGAAAUGCUUAGAGGAAAACAAGGUUCAAGUGGUCAAGUUGGUGACGGAUCGUCAUAUUCAAGUCUCAUCAUACAUGGCAAAUGAGAAACCAGAUAUUGAGCAUUCUUAUGAUAUCUGGCAUGUUGCAAAAGGUAUACAAUAAUAGGAAUAAUGCAUAUGUGUACACUACCGGGUUUUUGCGAUCCCAGAAUAAAAAAUCCCAUGUUCAAUCUGCCUGAUUGUGGAGUUGGUAGGAUUUUUUACUUCAUAUUAGUGAUAAAAAGAUUUUUACACUUAUUUCAUAUUUUGAAGGUGAAAAGAAGAAAUUGAUAAAAGUUACAAAGAAAAAGAAAUUUAGGUCAAUUAAACCUUGGAUUGGGGUAAGUAAAUAAAUACACAAUUAUGACUAAAAAACGUACAUUUGAGUCAAAGCCAUUAAUUAGUACAUUUUUAUUUAUAAUCAAUUUGUUUUCUUUCUCAUUUCCAUGACAGUCAAUUGUUAAUCAUAUCUAUUGGGUUGGUGACUCGAGUUCAACUGAAGAUGAAAGAGAAGAAAAAUGGCGCAGCAUUCUGAAUCAUAUUGUCAACAUUCACAAACAUGAUGGCCAUAAGAUCUUUGUUGAAUGUCUUCAUGGAGCACUUGAAAGAGAGUGGCUCAAACAGGGUACAGUUGCUUAUUAGGAUCUUUAAGCCCACAUUUAAUCAUUUACCAAGUUUAUCUUAUUUUAUUAUAUAAAGUAUAGCGCUUUAUAGAAAUUUCCAGCCCUGAUAAAACGGAUAAUCUCACACGUGAGAUUAUUUAUGAUAAUCUCACAUGUGAAAAUUAACGCUUUUUGAUGAUCAUUUUUCUGUGAAAAUAAUCGCUUUUCAAAGACUGUCCUUUAUAUAAUAAACAUAAAAAUACAUGGAUGUUUGGAAAUACCAGAUUUAUUUCGAGUGUUGAAGAUGAUAUAAAAUUGUGCCCCACUGUAAUCUGGCCCAAAUGCUUAAAGACUAAUGAAUAUAAUGGUAUACUAACUUAUAUUUACAGGAUCAGCUUCUUAUAAAAAGUUGGAGGAGAUGCUAACAAGACCUUGUCUGAUCACAGCAAUUAGGAAGCUAUCGCAAUACCACCAGACAUCUGGUCUGGAAGCCAAACAUUCUCUGGACAAUCAAUUUGCUUCAAAGAACACAUACCAUUCCUAUCAUUCAUUGAGUGCAAGGUGAGUUUCCUUGCUUGAUAAUGCGCAAUAACACCUUUUCCAGAAAACAUUCACACCCUCACCCCCCCCCACCCUAUGAAGGAAGUUAGAAGGUAACCCCUAACACAUUUAGAGAUGCAUCCUAAUACUGUACAUUAUUAUUAGAAACAAAUUUCUGUCCCUUAGCCCUUCUGGUAGAAAUGUCCUCUGUAAGAGGAUUACGAAUCUCUGUGGAACUACCCACUAUGCGGAAAAGUCUUAUAUUAUAUUGAAGCCCCUGUUUAAUACAUAAUCACUAAAGUUACAGGCCACUAACAAUAUACAUAUGGGGGAUGCUUAUUAUUUUUGUACUAAUAUUAAUGUUUUAAUAGAUUGUACUGUUCAAACUUGCACUACAAUGAAAACAGCAACAGGAAACAAGCAACAACUGCAGAUGGAAAGCUAAGAUGGGCAAUUUCAUAUCCAAAGGCAUUUAAAGGGGAAAAAGCAGUUGCAAAACCAAUAAAGGAAAAGCCCACUUAUGGUAAGGAAUCCCCUCCCCAAACGUCUCACAAGUAGAAUCAUGCCAGUGAAAUAUCUAUUUUUCAAUGCCUAAUAGACCUUAUGCAUAAUGACGUCACAAGGCUUAAUACCCACGAGGAAUAUUGGUCUUAGCAGUCAUCGCCCGGAAAAAUUAAACAAUUCAAAAUGGCCAAUAUCGAAAUUUUCACGGGCGAUAACUACUGAGACCAGCACUCCUCACGGGCACCAAGCCUUGUGACGUCAUUAUGCAUAAGGUCUAUUGUGGGACAAAUAUUUUGUCAAAAUAAGUUAACAAUUUCCCCCUACCCCUUGCAAGCAAACAAUCUCAUGAUUUGUAGUCAUAGUCAUUUGUAGUCAUACAGAAAUUUACUCCCUACUAUAGCCAAUCUAAAAAAGUUUAAUUGUGAGAUUUAAAAUCUUCUCCUUUCCUAGGAUAUAUACAGUUGAUAUUUGAUGAAGUCCUUAAAUUAAGAAGUCAGUUCCAAACAAUGAAAAAGGCCAAAGUACAUGCAAAUGUCGUGCUACCUGCUGAACCACAAUCACUUGUUGAACAGUACUUGGAAGGAAAGGAGCGACCAUUGAAGGAACAGGUGGUUUCCAACAGAAAAUCCCGCUUCAGUACACCAGCCCUACCUACAAACAAAGAUAGAGGAUCAGGAUAUAAGCCUUGUGCUUGUAAAGGCAAAUGUGCGACAAGAAAGUGUGACUGCAGGGGAAUGGAAGUGCUUUGUGACAGUAAAUGUAAAUGUAAAGUUGAAAAGCGUAUAAAUCGUGAAUGA